AUGACCAUCCAAACGUUUUUGACAAGAGUACCAUUGCUCCUGUCAUAUCCUACUGUUAUACUAUCGAGUAGACUGGUUGUGGUUUUGAAUGAUAACGAUGUGCCUCCAGAUAUUGGGUCUUUUCAAGUCGCUAUACUUCGAUAUAUUUUGAGGCUAUUUUUGAUACCAAUAUUCACAGCAAGUUCAUUUGUAUCAAUUGGAUAUAUGUUAAGAAGUCUACAUGAUAAGAGAUACAUUUUCCCAAUAUUUUUAUUCACAUUCAUUGCAAGUUGUUUAACGUACCUACUGGGCUCAGUUCAGACAACUGCAAUCACACUUUUGAGUAUAAAUUUAUUAUUCUCUAAAUAUUAUGAACUGAAUGAAAAUAAAAAGAAUAAAUUGACUUUAAAGGAAUUGAUUUUUAUUUAUUUCCCAUUGUAUAUUGUCAGUUCGAUAGUCUAUUGUGUCAGGAAUAAUGAGAAAUUACAAAAUUUUAGAGAUUAUUCAAAUAGAUUGAUAUGCCCAACUUUAACAUAUACUAUCAUCAUUUCCCUGUUGUACUUCUCAGUUCCAUACAUUAUUUUACCACUGAUCGAACAGAAGAAGAGUCAGAUGGAGUCUGUAAAUGUCGAUAACAUCAGCACAAACAGAAAGAUGGUCUCCUUCAGUCUUUUGUUGCUCCAGGUAUCAUCAUUUGUUUUGAUUUAUUUCAGUACUUUAUGGAUUACAGUAUUUAAAGUACAAUUUUUAAUUGUUUUUGUUUUUAGUGGAAGUUUAGUAGUCUUCUACUUAACACUGCAAGACUUGAUGAAUUCCAAUACAGUAAUGAACUCUAACAGUCAAUUAAUUUUUAAAAAUUUACACGUUGCUUGGAUCACUAAAUUUACUACAUUUUAUACAGGUAUCAUGUCUCUGCUUUUGAAUUAUUUAUCUUUUAAAACAUUUACAGGACGUAAGACCACAGACAUAUUGACGGUUUUAUAUAUAAUUCUAUCAGAAGGACUUCUAUACUGGACAACAAACAAUUAUCAACAUAAAGAAACUCAUCAUUCACAUUUGCAUGAUAGCAAUGGAAAGCAUUCUCAUUCUGAAGGUAAACAUGAGGAUAUGCAUGAUAUUUAUAAAUUAUCUCCUCAUGAACACUCACAUACGCCAUUAGGUGUGUUCAGAGAAAUGGCAUCAAAUCAGGAAACCAGGUCUAUCUUCUCCUUCCUGUUAUUGAAUACUACUUUUAUGUUUGUUCAGUUACUAUACUCUUUCCGUUCAAAAUCUCUAGGUUUAUUAUCUGAUUCAUUGCAUAUGGCCCUAGAUUGUACUUCAUUACUUUUGGGUUUAUUAGCUGGUAUUCUAUCUAAAAGGCCACCAUCUGAUAAAUAUCCAUUUGGAUUCGAAUAUUUGGAAACGAUUACAGGAUUCACCAAUGGUAUAUUAUUACUAGGUAUUGUAGCAGGUAUAUUUAUUCAAGCUGUUGGAAGAAUUUUUAAUCCAAUUCAAAUUGAAGGAACGAAUGAAUUAAUUAUUGUGGCUUCUCUUGGUUUAGGAGUUAACAUAAUAGGGUUGUUUGCAUUCGAUCACGGUGGACAUUCUGGCCACUCAGGCAAUGAUAAUAUGAGAGGUGUAUUUUUACACGUAUUAGCGGAUACUUUGGGCUCUGUUGGUGUUAUAAUUUCUUCAGUUCUAAUCAAAUUCACACACAUACAUAUAUUUGAUCCUAUUGCAUCUAUUUUAAUCGGGGUUUUUAUUCUUAUAAGUGCUAUUCCAUUAAUCAAUUCAACAUCAAGAAGUAUAUUGCUGAAGUUGGACGAUAAAAAACACAAUAACUUGAAAAGUGCGCUACAUAAAAUAUCAACAACUCCGGGAAUUUCUGGUUACACUUCUCCAAGAUUUUGGCCAAAUAUACCAAAUGCUUCUGGUCACUCUCAUGGACACAGUCAUUCACAUGAUCAUUCGCAUAAUCAUGAGGAUAUAGAUUCAAAUAAUUACAGUCAUAAUCACAAACAUGAUUAUCUAACUAAUUCAGAGAAAACUGAGGAAAAACCUAUUACACUAGUGGGAUAUAUUCAUAUACAAUAUGUCGAAGGUGAGAACUCGACAAUUAUCAAAAAAAGAGUUGAAAAAAUAUUUGAAACAUUUCAAAUCAAAGCAUGGAUACAAGUAGAAUCAACAGCUUCUUAUUGUUGGUGUAGAGCAUCUUCAUAUUUAUCCCAAGUAAUGAACACACAAAACUUACCAUCCGAAAAACUUUCAUAA